GUUACCUGCAGUGCCACCUGCUGUCCGACCUCACGAACUGCAAUAUACUCAGACAACAUCACCCUCAUUUUGGAUAGACUUUUGGAUGGUUAUGACAACAGACUGCGACCAGGUUCAGGAGGUGGUAUUACAGAGGUGAAAACAGACAUCUUUGUUACCAGUUUUGGGCCUGUUUCAGAUGUUGAGAUGGAAUUCACCAUGGACAUGUUCUUCCGUCAGAUGUGGGUCGAUGAACGGCUGAAGUUUGAGGGCCCCAUUGAAAUCUUACGUCUUAACAACCGCAUGGUGGACAAGAUUUGGACACCAGACGCCUUUUUUAGAAAUUCAAAGAAGUCAAUUUCCCAUAAUAUGACCACACCCAACAAGCUCUUCCGUAUAAUGCAGAAUGGGACUGUCCUCUACACCAUGAGACUAACAAUCAGUGCAGAGUGUCCAAUGAACCUCAUGGAUUUCCCCAUGGAUGGCCACGCCUGUCCUCUCAGGUUUGGGAGCUAUGCGUACACCAACAGUGAAAUUAUUUUCACCUGGAGGAAAGGAUUAGCAGGCUCUGUCGAAUGUCCCAAAGAGUCAAUAAGUCUUCUGCAGUACGAUCUGGUUGGACAGAUCUUGUCCAGUGAGAUAAUGAGGUUAAACACAGGUCAGUAUUCUGUGCAGGUGGUCCAUUUCCUUCUCCAGAGAAAGCUCGGCUACUACCUCAUACAGACCUACAUCCCCCUAAUCAUGGUGGUCGUGCUGUCGCAGGUUUCCUUUUGGAUCAACAAAGAGUCUGUUCCAGCACGUACAGUCGCUGGCAUCACCACGGUGCUGACCAUGACCACCUUGAGCAUCAGUGCUCGGCAGUCUUUGCCCAAAGUGGCUUAUGCUACAGCCAUGGACUGGUUCAUCGCUGUGUGUUUCGCCUUCGUGGCCUCUGCCCUCGUUGAGUUUGCAGCAGUGAACUACUUUGCCACCUUGCAGGCAAACCGCCUGAAGAAGCAGAGAGCCAGACAAGACAGGCUGGAGGUGCUGGCCACUGGCAGUGACGAUGACGACACAAUAUCUACGGACAGCAGCCACCAAGAAGGCCUGAAGAGGAGAAACCACUCAGUGAGCUGCAGCGAGGUUGGAUAUACCCCCCCAGUGCCCAUUUUCCUCCAGCAGGGCUCGGCUUUUCCUCAAAUCCCUCAGCUUGCUGGAACAAGUCCGAUUGACCUCUACGCCCGCAUCCUCUUUCCCCUGACCUUUGCCCUUUUCAACUUAGGGUAUUGGUACAUAUAUCUGACCAAAGAAACCAUUGAGUCGGCUACGGCCAUGGAUCUGAAAAACUGAGAAGACUUUAAGGGAGGGGGAAGCACACAUGCAGCUUGAGAGACCUUCUGGAUCCAUCCAUCCAUCCAUCCAUCCAUCCAUCCAUCCAUCCAUCCAUCCAUCCAUCCAUCCAUCCAUCCAUCCAUCCAUCCAUCCAUCCAUCCAUCCAUCCAUCCAUUCAUCCAUCCAUCCAUCCAUCCAUCCAUCCAUCCAUCCAGUCUCACUUCAUCCUCCCCUCACUUGUGCUCUCAUCUGACAGAGGAAAUGAAUCAGAAACUCAUUUAUCCUUCUACUGCACAUCUCUUCACUACACCACCUGUGAGCGCUGACCACUUGCCUGUUUGAUCUGCACCUGAUGAGAUGCCCUUUAACAAAGGCUCCCAGUCACUUUCAACCCCACCAUGCACGGCAACCCGUCAAUCCAAGACAGAUGCUCCUCACGCAAGCAGGACGCACGAUGCGCACAGAACGAGGAACGCAUCAAAAAGGCUGGCAUGAUAUAAUCUGCGGUGGCUGUAACUGGUGGUGAUGCAACAGUGAACCAAUGCCUUCAGAGGCCUGCCCUCUACAGAAGCACAGCUCCGUCUCUGCAAGAAGAUCAAAGGCAGUUUAGAAGAGGCUCACAUCCCCCUCCCUCACUGCUUCAAAAAAAAAAAAAAAAAGAACUCAAAUCUGGAAAAAUGAAUUGUGGGACCAUGUUUUCCACCCCACCUUUCCUCCCUGGAGCUUCGCCGCUCCCCUCACACUUUGUGAUGGAGAGCCUUUGUGAUGUGCUGCAUUGUCUCACUAAA